AUGUUCUUUCAAACGGGAUUGUUGCUGUCCCUCUCACUCUGGACCAAGGUUGCUUACGCUGCCUUUGGCAUCACCACGAGUAGCAGCUCGUAUGUCAUUGACGCGGGAUCUGCCAAUCCGUUGAAGUUUACGGUGAGCCGGUCCAGCUGCGACAUCACCUCGAUCAACUACUCCGGCACCGAGCUGCAGUAUGCGAGCAAGGGAAGUCACAUCAGCUCGGGACUUGGCCGUGCGACUGUUUCUGCGACUCAGGAUGGGGAUUACAUCAAGGUCACUUGCGCGACGAGUACACUGACUCACUAUAUGGUCGUCCACCAUGGAGAUUCUACUAUUCAUAUGGCAACGCAUAUCACUGCGGAGCCAUCUAUCGGUGAGCUGCGGUUUAUUGCCCGUCUAAAAUCGGACGUCCUUCCCAAUGAGGAGCCGUUCGGCGAUGUUUCGACCACUGCUGGAGGCACGGCCAUUGAAGGCUCAGACGUGUUCCUGGUCAAUGGAAAGACUCGCAGCAAGUUCUACUCCAGCCAGCGUUUCAUCGAUGACCAGCGACACUGCAUAUCUGGAAGCGCCCACCGUGUCUGCAUGAUUCUGAAUCAGUACGAGUCUUCUUCAGGUGGUCCUUUCCAUCGCGACAUCGACGCGAACAACGGAGGAGGUUUCAACGCUCUUUACUGGUAUAUGAACUCCGGCCAUGUCCAGACCGAGCCGUACCGUAUGGGCCUGCAUGGCCCAUACUCCAUGGUUUUUAGCCGCAGUGGUAUGCCGGGCACCAACAUCGAUACGUCGUUCUUCGCAAACCUCAACAUCAAGGGCUACGUCCCCGCCAGUGGCCGGGGUACUGUCACAGGAAAGGCCUCAGGCGCGGAUUCCCGCAUGAAAUGGGUAGUCCACUGGCACAACACUGCCGCGCAGUACUGGACGUACACAGCGUCAGACGGCAGCUUCACCUCGCCAGCCAUGAAACCCGGCACCUACACCAUGGUCUACUACCAGGGCGAGUACAAAGUCGCCGAGACCUCCGUGACCGUCAGGGCCGGUUCAAAGAUUACGAAGAACAUCUCAGGAUCCGUGAAGACGGGCAAAACCAUCUUCAAGAUUGGUGAAUGGGACGGCCAACCCACCGGCUUCCGCAACGCCGACAAGCAGCUGCGCAUGCACCCGUCCGACUCCCGCAUGGCCGCCUGGGGUCCCCUGACCUACACCGUCGGCAGGUCCGCGCCCUCAGACUUCCCCAUGGCCGUCUUCAAAUCCGUCAACAACCCCGUCACGAUCAAAUUCACGGCAUCGGCCGCGCAGACCGCGGCCGCCACGCUGCGCAUCGGAACCACGCUGUCCUUCGCCGGCGGCCGGCCCCAGGCUAAGAUCAACUCCUACACCGCGGCGGCGCCACCCGCGCCGAAGAACCUCGACUCGCGCGGCGUCACCCGCGGCGCGUACCGCGGUCUCGGCGAGGUCUACGACGUGGCGAUCCCGGCGGGGACGAUUGUCGCGGGUGUGAACACGAUUACCAUCAGCGUGGUUUCUGGGAACUCGGGGGAGAAGUUCCUCAGUCCGAAUUUUGUGUUUGAUUGUGUGGAGCUGUUCCAGUAG